GCUGUGUGGAAGUAUGAUUUGGGGGCUGCAUUAGGAUAGUGUCCCUCCAGCAGCCUUGGUGCCUUUAUUUUGGCUGCAUGACAUUUGUUCCUGCUUAUGGUUGCUCUGUAGCUGUGUGGAAGUAUGAUUUGGGGCCUGCAUUAGGAUAGUGUCCCUCCAGCAUCCUUGCUGCCUUUAUUUUGGCUGAGUGGCAUUUGUUCCUGCUUAUGGUGGCUCUGUAGCUGUGUGUAAGUAUGAUUUGGGGGCUGCAUUAGGAUAGUGUCCCUCCAGCAGCCUUGCUGCCUUUUCAUAACCCAUUAUAAACAGGAGCACUGAGCCCAUCUGUUUAUGUUCUGUGUGUCUGACAUGAAUCCCAUGGUGACUGACUCUGCUCUUAUUCCAGCUCCUAUCAUUGAGUUUUCGACAAAAUAUUCUGCAACCGCAGCUGAGAAAGCAGCACUAAAAUUCCUUGCAGGUGGAUUUGUAGUUAGGAUGGCCUUUUUGGUUUUUAUGCAAUUUGUAUUCUUUUGGUUUUUCAAUUCUUCUUCGUCCUGGAAGACAUUCAAGAAAACACUAUUGGCUAUAUCUGAAGUUCUGAUAUUAAUGGUUGUAGUCACAAUUGGUGGUGUUGAAUUACUUGCCAAACAUUUCUCUGGAAGAGCAGAAACUGGAGCAUUUUUAACUGUCUUUAUAAUUCCAGUGAUCAUCGUAUUAAUCACUUUUGUUGUGACUGCUGCUGCUAAAAAGAGAUAUUAUGAUUUUUGGAUAAGUCUAAACAUGAUGUUUAAUAUGCAGACCCUUACUCUUUAUAUCCAGCUUAUUGCCUGGAUGCAACGCACAUUUUUACUGGGAUAUUUCAUCCCGAUUACAGUUGUUCCUUUCGGAAUAUGUGCGUGCUUUAUUGCCAAAAUAUGCCUGCGCUCAUUCAGACAUUUCUAUCUGGCUCAGAAAAUCCUUUUGGGGAUUUUAUUCUCACUGCACCUAAUAUUAAGUCUCCUGUAUCUAAGUCUGGUUUUAGACGAAGAACGACCUGUAAAGAUCUGCGAGUUUGUGCUCAUCUACAUUCUGAUUGUCACAGACAAUAAUGACUGGUCUCGGGAUAGACACCUUGCCAAACCCCGUAAAUAUGUACAUUUCUCAGGGGCUCUUGGUCUCCCUCUCCUGAAUUCUGCUGCCCUGGCUGUAGCAUUAAAGCUCAAAGCAGACACAGGGAAACAGCCAUUGGAUCUACGGCUGAUUGUCCUGAUUUCUGGGUCUGUCUUCCUCUUUAGCUGGUUUGUUAUACAGAUGUCUGCAUACUAUUUGACAACAAAAGUAACAAUAAAAAAAGCAUUCAGCCAUCUUCAGAGACACCAAGAUCCUGAGCCAGACCAGAAGCUGGAGCUCCUGCAACAUGCCAUCCAGUGCCUGCAGUAUGAGCAGGUCCUCGGGGCUAUGUGGUCGUGCUCCAUGCCCGACUGCGACACCAUGAGGAAGGUCCUGAAGCACAUGACCCACUGCCAGGCCGGCACAUCCUGCCAGGUGAAGCACUGCGCUUCCUCCCGCCGGAUCAUCUCAGAGAACAAGGACUACGAAUGGCAGUACAUUGUAUCACGUGCCAAUGAGGAGACUGUUGCAUUGUCCCCCCCCCCUGACCCCAGUGGCCCAAACACAGAGGAGGGAUCACAUGACAAUCAGGAGAUGGAGCCAUUAUCACCUGCUGAUCACAAUGAGCCAAACACAGAGGGAUCACAUGACAAUCAGGAGAUGGAGCCAUUAUCACCUGCUGAUCACAAUGAGCCAAACACAGAGGUUACAGAGGAGAGCAGCACUGAAAUCUGAUGGAUCCUAACCACACUUUGUUGUUGUCAGAUUGCCUACAGUCUUAAGUUUCCAAGUCCUGUUGUAUAACCAAGCUGGUCAGAUGAACAGUUACCAGAUUAUCAAUGAUCUGUUGCAAUUAAUUUUAUUAGACUUGAAAGACUUUUCUGGUUAGCAGAUGGACAUUUGCUUGUACAGACUGGCAUGGAAAAGUGUAUCUACAAAGACACAUUCUGGGAAGGACCAGUAACUCAGGACAACCUGCCUGUUCUUUACAAUAUUAAAAUGUACAUUAUAAUUAUCCGUAAUUAUUCUGAAUAAAUCCUCACUGUUUUUUA